AUCGGCGGGGAGUAUCAACUCAUCGAAGUACUCGGCAACGGUGCCUUUGGCUGCCUCUUCCUAGGCCAGGCCCAGAGCGACAAUAACUACGUAGCCGUCAAGGUCCUCACCAAAUCCGGCCUUGACCACGAACAACUCAAACUCCAACAACUCGAAAUUGACAUCCAGUCCGCCCUCAAUCACCCUUAUCUUCUGCGCCUCCAUCGCGUCAUCCAAGACCACCAGUACAUUUUCAUGGUCAUGGAACUCUGCGACCAAGGCGACCUGUUUGACUAUGUCAUCCGCGACCAACAAGACUCUGACUUUAGAGACGAAAGCCUGGUCAAAAAGGCGUUCCUCCAGAUCCUCGAGGGCGUCGAGUACAUGCACUCCCAGAACAUCUAUCACCGUGACAUCAAGCUCGAGAACAUUUUGCUAAAAUACGAUGACAAUGACGUCGAGUUUGUCUGCAAGGUAGCCGAUUUUGGUCUGGCUACCCGUGAGCGCUACUCCUUAGAAUACGGCUGUGGCUCGAGUACCUAUCUUGCCCCUGAGCAUUUUGACGAUGACUUCCCUCUGGACGGCGGUGAAUUGAUGCCCUAUGAUGCGGCUGCGUCUGAUUGCUGGAGUCUGGGUAUUCUCUUGUUGGCUUUUCUAUUUGGCCGGAACCCUUGGGAAGAAGCGUCUGUUUCGGAUCCUUCUUUUGCCGAAUUUAAGCGUGAUCCUUCAAUGCUCCGACAACUAUUCCCAGAACUCUCUAGCUCUUGUUUCGCAUUCAUCAAGUCUGCCUUGACAACUGACCCCACCCAACGC